AUGGCUGAACCGCUACUCCGCAAAACUUUCGCCAAACUUCGAGCCCGGAGACGGAAAAGUUUGAAGGGCGGACGGAGUGAAGACUGUGAGCAGAAACCGGGGCUGGCGUGUGCGGGCUGCAACGUUGCCAUCACAGACCGCUUUCUCCUGCGAGUCAACGAGAGGUCCUGGCACGAAGGAUGCUUGAAAUGCGCGGCGUGUCUGCAGCCACUCUACGGUACCUGCUACUGCCGCAACAAGCUGCUGUACUGCCGGCGAGACUACGAAAAGUGCUUUGUUGCCCGGUGCAGCGGGUGUGAGGGGGAGGUGGGCCGCUCCGAACUGGUGCUGCGUGUUCUGGGCCAGGUCUACCACGUCGAGUGCUUGCGCUGCUGCGAGUGCGAGCGGCCUCUGCGGCGGGGCGACGAGUUUGUGCUGAAGGAGGGGCAGCUGCUGUGUCGCGGCGACUACGAGAGGGAGCGGCAGAUGCUGAGCGGCAUCAGCCCCGGACACAGCGAGUCAGUGAAAAGUGAAGAUGAGGGCGAGGGGCAUCGGGGGCUGCCCGUGGACAAGGGCGAUGGCAAGGGCAGAGCGCACAAGAGGUCCAAGCGCCCACGCACCAUCCUCACCACCCAGCAGCGACGGGCCUUCAAGGCUUCCUUCGACGUGUCAUCCAAACCCUGCAGGAAGGUCAGGGAGACCCUGGCGGCAGAAACAGGACUCACGGUACGGGUUGUACAAGUUUGGUUUCAAAACCAAAGAGCCAAGAUGAAGAAGCUUGCACGAAGGCAGCAGCAGCAGCAGCAGCAGCAACAGGAUCAGGAUCAGGAGCAUCUGAACUACCAGCGCGGGGGCUCCAAACGCCAUGGCAACCGAGUACCGAGACACGGCGACCAUGACAGUGAAGAUGCAGAGAGCACCCCAGGACUGGAGAGGAUGAUGCCCCCCUAUUCCUCUCUGCAACACCAGCAGCUGAGGACAGUGGAUCAGAGCAGUUACAGCACGGACCACUUCAGACGGGGGCUCACUCCACCACACGUGCCGGGGGUCCACAUGCAGCCUCAUGAUUCGGAGGCAGUCUUUCCUGGCAUGCAACGGGAUGGUUCUCUUGGUCACCUGCGCGAAUGUCUCCUGGCUCCACCCGAAUCCAACCUGCUGCCUGCUCGAGUGGCAAACCCCAUCGACCGCCUGUACUCCAUGCAGGACUCCUACUUCACCUCCUGAUCAGCGGCAAUCCAGCCACGACCUCCUGCCGUAUUGUGUAGGAAGGAACUGCAGAUGCUG